AUGAAAUUCCACACGGCCACCUUCUUGGCCUCCUCUCUCUCCGGAGUCUCCUUGUUGGUGUCGCUGUUCUUCGUCGGCAACAUCUACUUGGACAUCCAGGAGACUUGGAGUUUCUUGGACGAUGAGAUCAGCCUGUUCCGUGCCGGCACCGACGACAUGUGGAGAGACAUGAUGACCUUGAGCGCCCAGCAGCAACGUCAGCGCCGUCAAGCCUACGACAGCGAAGCACCUAGCGCUCCAUCUAAAGCCGGAGCAUCGGCUCCAGGUACUCCAACCGGAGCGGCUCCUCCAGGUGUUCCACCAGCUUUGGCCAACGAAAACAAGAACGGUCCAGGCUGUCACUGCCAGACCGAAAACAACAAAUGCCCUGCUGGACCACCCGGACCAAAGGGAGUCAACGGAAAAGCUGGACUUCCCGGUCUCCCCGGAAUUGAUGGAAUCCCCGGAAAAGACGGCGAAGAUGCCACCCCAGAACGCCAAGACACCGGCGCGUGCUUCAACUGCCCCGCUGGACCUCAAGGAGCUCCAGGACCGGUCGGAAGACCCGGUCCUCGAGGACACAACGGAGCCAAGGGUCAGGCCGGACUUCCCGGACGUGACGGAAAUCCGGGACCAUGCGGAGAAUCCGGUCCACCAGGGCCUCCAGGCAACCCAGGACCCCUCGGAUACCCAGGAGAGAAAGGACGUGAUGCUGAACAUCCAGUUGGCCGUCCAGGACCUAAAGGACAACGUGGGCCACGAGGACCUCCAGGCCCAGCCGGAGACGACGGAAAGAACCCCGGACCAGGUGCUCCAGGCCCACAAGGACCUCCCGGCCCACCAGGACCUCAAGGACCAGUCGGACAUCCCGGAGUUGAAGGAGAAGAAGGACCAUCUGGACGUCCCGGAAAAGACGCCGAAUAUUGCCCAUGCCCCACUCGUUCCGGAGAAGCUGGAGCUCAUGGUGGAAGCCACGGUGGCGGAUAUCGUCAGUAA